GCGUAUAUCCACCAAUCAUAUUAAACAAGCUCACGCAUGCGCACUCCUUCGCAGUAGACUGCUGCUGUUGCUCUCGCAUCGCAGGUGUCAACCGAAUCAGCGAUCCUGCUGCAGCUGCGAGAGGGGAACCUACCUAUCCCAUUGAAAAUACCAGUCCAUCAGAGCGGGCAACAGUACAGAUCGGACGGCCUAAAAAUGAUCGAAUGAGACCUUAAGCUCGUCUCUGUUGCCAGGGCAGCUUUACGCGGGGAAGAGCGGGGCAGCUAGCCGCAGUUGUCCGGGCUUGUGGAGCAGCUAGCAGCAGUUGUCCGGGCUUGCGGAGCGUCUUCAGCGGGGAGCGCUGCUGUUCUGCAGCUAAAAUGUUCGUACAAGAGGAGAAGAUCUUCGCAGGCAAAGUCCUGAAGGUCCACGUCUGCACCAUGGAAGGCACAGAGUGGCUGGAGGAAGUCACGGAAGACACCACUAUAGAGAAACUCAAGGAGAAAUGCCUGAAGCAUUGUGUCCAUGGAAGUUUAGAAGAUCCGAAAACGCUUACACAUCACAAACUCAUCCAUGCUGCCACUGAGAGAAUUCUCACCGAAUCCAAAACGGUUGCAGAGGAAAAUCUUAAAGAUAAAGAUUGCUUGUUAUUGAUUAAGAAAAGGCCACCACCGGCUCCACCAAAAAUGGCUGAUGUAUCUGCUGAAGAGAAGAAGAAACAAGAGAACAAGGCUCCGGAUAAGGACGCCAUCCUCAAAGCCACAGCAAAUCUGUCCACUCGCAACAUUGACCGUACAGUAACUCAGCACAACAUUAGAGAUUUUCAGACAGAACUGAGGAAGAUUCUGGUCUCACUUAUUGAGGUGGCUCAGAAACUGCUGGCUUUGAAUCCAGAUGCUGUUGAGCUCUUCAAAAAGGCCAAUGCCAUGCUGGAUGAGGAUGAGGAGGACCGGGUGGAUGAAACAGCCCUGCAACAGCUGACUGAGAUGGGUUUCCCUGAGAGUCGUGCUGUGAAGGCUCUGCGCUUAAAUCACAUGUCUGUGACCCAGGCUAUGGAAUGGCUGAUUGAGCAUGUAGAUGAUCCCAUGGUUGACACGCCUCUACCUGGACAGGACACCCCAGGGGUGGCAGCCGCAGCUGCAGCCCCAGCCCCAGCCCCAGCCCCAACCCCAGGUCCCUCCAACACAGCUUCAGGAGUCCAAGGCCGUCUCAACACCCAGUCCAGCACAGAGGAGGCCAAACAGGAUGAGCUGAUAGAAAUCUUCAAAAGGAUCAGAAGGAAAAGAGAGUUCAGGCCAGACUCACGGGCAGUUAUUGCGCUGAUGGAGAUGGGUUUUGACGAGAAGGAGGUUAUUGAUGCACUCCGCGUCAAUAAUAAUCAACAGGAUGCUGCUUGUGAAUGGCUGCUAGGUGACAGAAAGCCCACCCCUGAGGAUCUGGACAAAGGCAUUGAUACCAACAGUCCCCUGUUUCAGGCCAUUCUGGAAAACCCUGUGGUACAGCUUGGUCUCACGAAUCCCAAGACUCUCUUAGCAUUUGAGGACAUGCUGGAAAACCCGCUGAACAGCACGCAGUGGAUGAAUGACCCUGAGACAGGUCCUGUCAUGCUCCAGAUAUCCCGGAUCUUCCAGACACUCAACCGCACGUAAAGCACACCUAAUAACUGGAGCGAUCCGAACUAGGGGAAAAAGUUAAUUAUUUGUAAGAGAAGUGUUUAUGUUUGUUUGUUUGUGUGUGUGUGUGUGUGUGUGUGUGUGUGUGUGUGUGUGUGUGUGGUAUGAACUUGUUUUAAGUGGAAACAUCACAGAAGAUGAAUGUAAAAAAAAAAAAAACAUUGAUGACAUUUUCACAUCAUAUUAUACAGAGGAAUAUAUCUAUUUAUAACUCUACACAACACUUGUAAAAAAAAUAUAAUGUAAGCAGUAACUUAAGGAUAAAUUGCUAACUUCAUUAUUUAGUUUAUGUUUUAAUAAGAUCUGUUUUUAAUUAUAUUAAGCACAUAGUUUGUUUGGCCAUCUAAAAGGAGAAAAGAAAAUUUCAAAAACACUUUUGUAUGAUUCUUAUGUUGAAAGAUCGAGUUACAACCAAUUUAUUUAACACUUUUAAAUGGUACCAUUGUCAUAGUUUAAAGGGACAGUUCACCCAAAAAUGAAAAUUCUCUUAUAAUUUACUCACCCUCAUGCCAUAUCAGAUGUAUUUGACUUUUUCUACUACUGAACACAAACAAAGAUUUUAAGAAGAAUAUCUCAGCUCUGUAGGUCCUCACAAUGCAAGUGAAUGGUGGCCAGAACUUUGAAGCUCCAAAAAGCACAUAAAGGCAGCCUAAAUGGAAUCCAAAUGACUCUAGUUCUUUAAUCUGUAUCAACAUAUUCAUACAUAUUCAGAAGCAGUAUGAUAGGUGUGGGUGAGAAACAGAUCAAUAUUUAAGUCUUUUUUUAAAUCUCCACUUUCACUUCCACUUUCUUCUUUUGUUUUUAGUUAUUUGUAUUCUUCAUGCAUAUCGCCACCUACUGGGCAGGGAGGAGAAUUUAUAAUAAUAACGUAAAUAUUAAUAAAUUAAAUAUUGAUCUGUUUCCAACCCACACCUAUCAUAUUGCUUAUGAAGAUAUGGAUUUAACCACUGAAGUCUUAUGGAUUACUAUUAUGCUGCCUUUAUAUGCCUAUGCUUUAUAGGACCUUCAAAUUUCUAGCCACCUUUCAAUUUGUAUGGACCUACAGAGCUGAGAUUUUCUUCUAAAAAUCUUAAUUUGUGUUCAGCAGAAGAAAGAAAGUCAUAAACAUCUGGAAUGGCAUAAGAGUGAGUAAAUGAUGAGAGAAUUUUCAUUAUUUGGUAAACUAUCCCUUUAAUUUUUCUAUAGGGAGAUAAAUCAUGUUGAUUCUGUUUUACUAUUGGUUCAGAGACAAAACACUUAAUGUAUAGGAUUAUUCGUUGCUUCCGAAAAGCAUGAACGUACUUUUGGGGGAAAAGCAAGCACGAGCAAGCACGAAUUUUGGCAACUCAUCAUUUGAAGACCAUCAGAGCUUUGUGGUUUCAUUAACACUACAAACCUUUCUGUGACGUUGUGGUGGAUGAUGCAAAACCAAUUUGCAGCCCCUUACGGACAUGUAAUAGAUAUUGAAAUAUAACCUGAUCCCUUUGUUUCUCUUACCUUCUUUAUUCUUCUGAUCUAUAUACGGAUGAUCCAGGUUGAAUCUGUCAGAUUGGACUGGCGUCUGUUUUGAUUCUAUCAGUUUAGUCUUUAGGAGCUGUACAGAGAGUACAAAGAUGGUAUGCUUAUGGUAUGAGUACUGGACAGUUACCUUAGUUUGCUGCAUCAGGGAUUUUCAAGUGAAGUGUUACCUUUAUAUUCACUAUCAUGAUCUGCACUUGUUUAAUGUGAAUCUAACUUUACAUGAUUACAGGAGGGUGGACGGAUCUUUUUUAAUUUUAUUUGUGAAAAUAAAAAAAAUUAUCUUUCAUAAACUGAUUUUACUUAAUCAGUCCCUUUGCAUUUUUGCAGUCUGUUCAAGUCUGUUGUGUUUUAUUACAGUAUGAAUGAUAUACAGUGUGCUCUAAAUGUCACAUGUCACUCACUAGUCUUGGCACAGGAAAUUCAGACUGCAAUCAAAGUACACAACAUUCUUAUGUAAAGCUUCACUCCAGUACUCCAUUAUUUUUAGUUGCAGUAGAUGUUUAUAUUGAAAUUCCCUGUCUGCAGUGAAAUGCAGAGGCAUCGUUUGCUGUGGGUGGAAAUCUUUAAUUUGUGCUCUCUUUGAUAUACUUGUGCUUGGAUUUUGAAAGAAGAAAUAAGUAAUUUAACAAUUCAGUCAGACUCAAGAUUAAAAACAUUAUUUCAAUGUUUCUGUUAUUAAUUAGAAUUUUUUUUUUUGUACAUUUUGAGCAUCUCAGUCGUGAUAAAUAUAUCACGGAAAUGCUGUCAUACCAAACACCAUGUUUAGAAUAAUAGACAAUUGUGUGAAUUAUAUGAACUGUGCUUUUUUUCUUUUCUUUGUUUGGCCGAGCGUCGGAGUGUUUCCAUUCAUUAUUUGAAUUGUGUUGGUGUGAAGUGUGUGCUCAGGGGUUUCUUAGCCAUACCAGGCAAAUAUCUGCUAUAGUAAUGCCUUCUUUAUCAAUAAAAAUAACAGUAGUUUAGUGAUUGCAUUAUCUGAUAACACUAUGAAUAUAUCUGGAAUACUCUUUAAAUGAAAACAUACUAUCCUUGUGUGCUAUUUAUUUUGAGGCCAAAUAUAAUCAAUCAUGAAACCGUUAUAAGAAAGAUUGUCAUUAUAGUCCAUCAUUAUAUACAGUUCUUAGAAGACCUCAUCCACUGAAUUAAUAGACUAUUUUCACUUCGCUGUCUGAAUGGCUUUUAAUGUACUUAAAGGAUGAUGUGUAACACACUGAGCAUUUAAAAUCAGACCAAGUUAAAUAUGUUAGCAAAUUAACAUUUUUAGUCUUAAUUUAAGGUUAAGAUAUGUAGUUUAUAUUGUUUUGGAGGACUAGUCAACACAAGCUUCUAUGCAAUGCAAUAUUUUUUUCUGUUGCUUCAUAAGAAAAAUCAGGUUUCAGUAUCACAAUUAAUUGAAUAUGUAGUAAUUGAUGUACACUUUCAUACUGUAUCCUUUCUUUUAUUUGAAUAAAAUUUGGGUUGCAUUAAGGGAAAGCUCAGAAGAGUAGAUGGAGCUUUAUGAUUACAGUAUUUAAAAUGUUGUUUUUAAGAUUGAUGUUCAUUCAUUUUCUUGAUUGAACAUUAUACGUUUUUGGAACCUAAA